GGAGAGUUGGAGAUUCCCCUAUAGCUGGCGCUGGGGCUUAUGUUGAUAACGAUGUAGGGGGCGCUGCAGGUACUGGCGAUGGGGAUGUCAUGAUGAGAUUUCUUCCAAGCCACCAGACGGUUGAAAAUAUGCGUCAAGGCAUGGCCCCCGAUGCCGCAGCAAUUGAUGCUUUGAAGAAAAUUAUAAGAUAUUAUCCAAAAUUUGUAGGGGCAUUAGUAGCUGCAACAGUAAAUGGAACAUAUGGUGCAGCAUGCCACGGUAUCCCAUCAUUCCACUAUUCGGUACGAAGUCCCAGCAUGCAACAUGUGACAGUAAUGGAGGUACCUUGUGUAUAAUGGUAACAUCUUUGGAGGUCUCGAUGACAGCUUUCUCGCCAGGGCGGAAGCCCUGUCUGACAUGAAC